AUGCCUAUCAAUCAGCCAGCCAACCAGAUCAAGCUGACAAAUGUGUCGUUGGUGAGAUACAAGAAGGGCAAGAAGAGAUUCGAGUUGGCAUGCUACAAGAACAAACUACUUGAAUAUCGUUCGGGUAAUGAAACAGAUUUAGACAAUGUGCUGCAAAUUCCCACAAUCUUUCUGAAUGCGUCAAAAGGUGAGACUGCACCCAAUGCUGAGUUGCUGAAAGCCUGGCCACAGCUGGCCGAGGAGCAAGAAUCUAGCCAUACCGCCUCGAAAAGUAAAGGUGGGAAGAAGGGAGGAAAGAAGGCUCAAGCCGACAACGACGCCGAGAAGACAUGGAAGGACGCUAUCAUAGAAGAAAUCCUCAAGAAAGGUGAGAUACAGGUCAAUGCCAAUGAGAGGAAAGAGCUGCUCGAUCGUAUGGAGCGCGAAAUCGUCGAGGAAGUAGCUCAGCGCCUAGUCGACCCACAAACAAAGAGAGUUUACACGACUGGCAUGAUCAAGAAAGGAUUGGACGUCUUGUCCAAGCAGGGCGGCCAUGCACCUGCGGCUGAUUCUUUACCACAUAAGCUAGGUAAAUUGAAUCUGGAAGAGUACCCGAAGAAAGGUGGGUCAAUAUCAAAAGAGUCACAGAAUACGAGUGGUGUUGGGACACCCAACACGGACGCUGGUGAAGCGGAGGGAGAGCAUAGCUCAAAAGGUCGGGAGAAGAAGGGCGAUCUGCCCAUGUGGACAGGCGUUGUAACAUCGAAAUCCGUCAAACAGCAAGCCUUGGAUGCUAUACGUGCUCUGAUAGCAUGGCAACCAAUUCCUGUGAUGCGUGCUCGUAUGAGGUUGAGGAUCACUUGUCCAACCAGCCUUGCUAAGCAAGCUGCAAGAUCCAAAGCAAGCACCGAAGGAAGUGCUGACAACAGCGAAGGAAAAGGCACCAUUCAGGACCGUCUGCUUUCUUUCGUUGAAGAUGUCGAAAGCCAGGACGUGGUCGGCGAAGAGUGGGAGGUGAUUGGCUUCGUCGAGCCAGGUGCAUUUAAGGACCUAGGGGAAUUUUGCUCGGCUGAGACGAAGGGGCUCGGAAAGGUUGAGAUAUUAGACAUGGCUGUUGUUCACUCCGAUGACUGA